GUCCCUCAUUCAUGACUGUUGUUGCGACAACAUGAAUACAACUUCCUCGUAAUGCUGUAAUUCGUAUGUUUCAUCGUGAAAAUUAUCUUCUCUUUAAAUCUACAAGGUGAAAGUUUACAGGGAAAAAAAGGAUUUUAAGAUGGGCUACAUGUCGGUAGAGACAAACAGUCCCACCCUGCUCCACCUCAAGAGGUCCCCUGGUGUCCGCUCAUGGUCUCUUCUUGUGGGUAUAGCAUCUGUAGGGCUGGCAGCUGCAUACUACAGCUCAGACAGCAUCCCCUGGAAGCUCUUCUACAUUGCGGGCUGCCUGUUUGUGGCCCUUCAGAACAUGGAGGACUGGGAGGAGGCCGUGUUCGAUAAAACCAAAAAACUGAUCGAGCUCAAGACAAUCAGUUUGUACGCUCUGGUUCUGACGCUGUGGAGGAAAGGACAGGAGACAAUUGUUCUGGACCUGGAGCAGCUCUGUGACGUUUGCGUCCAGGAAGAGAAGGUGCGAUACUUGGGGAAGGGUUAUCAUGUGAUGCUGAGGUUAGCCGCCGGCAUCUCCUACCCCCUCACUCAGAGUGCCACCAUGGGAAGUCGCAGUGACGUUGAGGAGGUGGCCUCAUUGGUGAAGCGCUUCCUGGGUCUGGAUGAGAUGCAGCGAAAGCAGCAGGAAUAUGAAGACUAUGGAGAGGAGAACGACUCGCUGGGGGACAGCACGGACUCAGAAGAGCAGACAGACCAGCUAUGAUGGCCGAUGUAUGCAUUCCCAGUGCAUCCUGGGAUGAAAAGGUUGAAUGCAAUGCAAAGAUAUGGCAGAGGUGGAGACUUGCCCUACACAUGUAUUCCCUCAUUUAUUUUUCCUUAAAUAAUGCUUAAAUGCUGUGGUUUCCACACAGAUUAUGUGUUCUGUACUAAUUACUGUUUGAGAGCGCAUUCAGAUUAUGGUCCCAGUGUGCCUCCCUGUUGAAGUCAUAACAAUCAUUUGUUUGGGAGAUGAAGGAAAGUGCCUUUUCCCACAGUUUUCUGGACCACCCAGCUCAGAUCCACCUACUUACAUGUUUUCAUACUACUGUGUGUCCAACCUGGAGGAACGUAAGCUCAGCCUCAGCCAGAGCAAACCAAAAGCAAACUGUGUGUGGCACGAUAACGCCUGUCGAUGCUUUAUUUUUUAUGUUUGAAGCAUUUUUUUUAUUUGAACCAAAGACUUAAAC